UCUUCCUUGCAAGGACAACACAAUUAGACGGCGGACGCAUACAGUUUUUUCCCCCUAACCGUGGCCGUCAGUUAGCCUAGUCUCGUCCCCCAACCGACGGGUUAUUCCCCAAAGCAACCGUUGGUCAUUCGCAUCCAGGAUGCUACGCUGGCGACACACAUGUUAGACAUCCGCAGUCGAUGACGAAAAAUGAACAAUUUGGAGCACGCUAAGCACUUCUAUCCCGAUAAUUAUAAAUUGGAUCUGUCCGAGACCAUGAAAGCGGCUCUGUCAAAAGGACCCGGUGGCGGCGGAGGGGGAGUGGCUGGCGGGGAUAUGCUGCCUCAGCCAAAUGCCGGAAUGCCAGGAGUUGGCUAUGUAACGGAGAAACUUUAUAUGUUGCUGCAACUGUAUCUACAAAAUAAAGGCUGGAACCCAAGUGCCGAACUUCUACAGUGCUUCAGCGAUCUUAAGGACAACGCCAUGCUGCCAAGCGCCGCCUAUCUGCAAGUCCUGGCCAAUCGGCUGACUUUGGACUCGCAGGGUCGCCUUAUCCUGCGAGACAAUGGCAAGAUUGUGCUGCCUUUUGAACACUUUGCCAAUGCGGUUAUGUUAAAGCACAUGUCAGGACCGCAUGGCCUGCAUCUAAGUGUGGAUGCCACGGUGCGCGCCGUCAUCGAAUCUUAUACAAUAGGACGGGAUCAGUUUGGUAUGGAGAAAGAGUUCAUCAUCGAGGUGGUGCAGUCUUGUCCCAGUCCUGCUUGUCGCUACUACAAGAACCACAUGGGGAUCUCGCCAAUGCCGUUUAUGGAGCAGCAGUAUCCGGGCGUUAAUACGCCCGACUUCCUGCAGCGUCUGACUCACUUGCCGCCUGGUGGUGCAGCUGGAACUGGACCGGGAGGCUCAGCAGCCGGUUCUGCAUCUAGUGUGGGAAGUAGCUCAAGUUCGGCCAAUGUAGAGAUCGAUCUGUCCAAGUCGACUGGUGCUAAGGUACCAGUACCGGUACCCCCUCAGCUGCAGCACCUGACCAAGCAACAGCAGAGCAGCAUCCAGACACAACUUUCACAGAUCAGUGCUGCAGCUGCCCAUCACCAACAACAGCAGCAACAGCAGCAGCAGCAACAACAGGCAGCAGCCAAGCAUCAGCAGCAAUUAACUGCAGCUCUAAUCCAACAGCAGAACCGUGUCCUCGCCCAGCAAAGUCUAGAGAAGCUUAGUAACCAACUUAGUCCGCUGGAAAAGCAGCGCGUCUUCGCCCAACUAGAUCCCAAGCACUUCGAUCCCAUGGCUGUUGCGGCUGCAGCCGCUAAUCUUCAGAUUCAAGGAUUGAUGCAAUCACAGGCGGUUGCUGCCGCCGUGGCCGCCAAUCAGCAGCCUGCACCGGCCACUGCGACUUCUGCAGCAGGAGGAUCUGCAGGCAGUUCGCAGGCCCAUCACGGCCACCACCCUUUGCCGCCGCCGUCACAGUCGCCACAUUCGUCCUCUUCGUCUUCCUCUCACUCAUCGCUGGAUCAGAUUACCCACAAGAACGUCGCUGAAUCCUUGCGGUCCAAUCUGGACUCGAUAGAGUCAAACAAAGAUCUUCUGGCGUUGCACAAUGGGGCCUGGGCCACCGGUGACGCCAAUCGCCUGGAUCAUUUGGCAGUGGGGCAGGACAAGAUAGUGCGGAUCUUCGCGGAGCUAAUGCGAAAUAUGUCGCGGAUGAAGACCUACAUACGCCCCUCUAUGUGUAAGCCCUACGGCAAGCAGAGCGAGAGUCUGCAGAAGACCCUCAUGGAUACCAUUCAGAUCGUGCAGACGCUUCGUAAUUGCCUUCCAGCUCCCCACAUACCCGUAUCUUCUUGGAAAAGUGAGAGCGAAGGCAACGUGGGCCCAGUAGUGGGUGUUAACGUGGGCGUUGGAGUGGGUGUCCCUCCAGGACUCAACCUGAGCGCCGCCUUGGGACUUCCUUCGGGCAGAGUGGACAACAUGCACUAGGAUGCGUAGCAGCAUGCAACAUGAAAACACUUACACCCACAUUCUUCCAGGAGUUCGAGAAAACUUAGUAUUUACACACAGAAGUACGCCUAGAUUAUAAGCAUAGCAGUUUACCCUCGUAGGCUUGGCUCCAGUUUUCCUUUUAGCAAUUACGUGCCAUGUUCAACGCAAGACUUGAUUUAUUUUCUACAUUUGACUGACAUUUAGGUAUAUAUGUGUAUGUAUCAAUCCUGCGGUUGGAUUCGUAUGAUUUCAUUCUUACUCCUCUGUGUUUCCCAAUUUGGCAUACAAAAUUAACAAGCAAAUCGGCAAAUUAGUUAAACAAUUGGCAAAUCGUCUGUGAUAUUUAAAUUAUGUUGGCAAAACGGAAAACAAACUAAAUUUAAUUUAUUAAGUUGUGUGCCCUCUGUUAUUACGAAUUACUUUGUGCAAUAUCUCUACUUAGCAUCUAUUCUUAUCCAUUCCCGUGCAAUCGACAACUUCUCGCCCAUAUCAAAAGCAACUCGAAUAUAGCCUAUACUUAAACUAACCUACUGAUAAUCGACAUGAUAGACGAGUAAGAUUUACUUUAUAUUUUGCAUUAUAACUUCAGAGUAUUUGAAGUGUAAUUUGGAUGGAGGCCAUUGCGGCAAAUGAGAGAGAUUACGAGUUGUGUUUAAAUUUAAGAAGCAGAAGAUGGGUUGUAUUCCGUAUGCAAAGGCUAUUUAAAUAGAUAUAUUUUAAUCCGCCCGAGCUCACCAUUACCAGUAAUUCGAUUAUCGAGCAAACAGUAUUAUAUGCAAUAAAAAGACAUUUGCAACCAUAA